GGUUGUUACCUAAGCGAUAUGUCGAAGCAGGUGCUGGCCAAAAUACGCCCGUCCUCUAGCUUGAUACUGCUGGCCAGGGAUAAAGGAGCCACAAGGCAAUCCUUCGACUACAAUGCGCUGCUGCUCACGCGGACCUCAAAGUCCAGCUUCAUGCCGAACUCGUCCGUCUUUCCAGGGGGAGUGUGCGAGGCCACGGACAGCUCCCCUACAUGGCUAUCGCACUUUCAGCGGCAUAACAUUAGUUCAGCCAUGCUGCGCGACGUCUGCCACGUGAAGGCUCCGCGUCCCGAGAUAUUCAAUUCGCAGGAAGAUACCGAUGCGAUAGACACCGGCUUGUCGCUGCGUCUGACUGCCUUACGGGAAACCUUUGAGGAAUUGGGCAUCUUAUUGUGUCGGGAUGCCAAGACCUUGACCUCGACCAGCGGCUAUGGGCAGUUCUAUGAGCAAUUCGAUCGCGCCCACUGGCAGCAUUUGGUCCAUAAUGAUGCCAGCCAGUUCCUGGAACUCUGCAAGCAGCUGGAAGUGGUGCCAGAUAUUUGGUCACUCCACGAUUGGUCUGUCUGGCGCACGCCUUCGACGUUUAAGAAGCGUUUUGUGACGGCGUUCUUCCUGACCACUCUAGAACAGGCGCCCAGCCUGCACAUUGAGCCCAAUGAGGUCAAGGACUGUGCGUGGCGUUCUCCCUUGGAUUAUCUUCUGGCCUCUCUAAGAAAAGAGCUCUGGCUGCCGCCUCCUCAGUUCUACGAACUUUCUCGCUGCCUUAACUUUGGCUCCCUGGAGGAGCUGCGUCAAUUUGCCAUUAAACGUGCCCCCAAAGGCAUCGUUCUCACCCAUCCUGUCAUGUACAAAUGCAACGACGGCAUUGUGCAUCUGCUUCCCGGCGACGAUGCCUAUCCGGUCAAUCCAGAUGCCUGUAGCGAUAAAAUAGACACUGGCCUCUCUGUAGAGGACUUUCGUUCACAAGUCAGAACUAAGUUGCAUCGUUCGGAGCACAGGGACCAGCACCAAGCGAAACUAAUCAUUAACUUUGCUCCGACUGAUGGACAGAUCAACCCUUUGGACCCAACUAAGAUGUAGAACAGAACGAACAGGAUCAAAUGUGUAUUUACUUAGGUUUAAUUUGAGUGAGAUGCUCGGAUUGUCAGUUUAAGCAAGAGAGUUGACAUAAGAUUCUGCA